CCUCAACUUGUUUUGCUUCUAAACGUUUACGACACCAUUCAGUAAUCCUGAACGCACCCCAGAUUACGUUGUUGUAGCAACGAGACAAGCCAAACCGGGACUGCAACUGAAGAGAAUGUUAGAUAAUCUAAGUGGUUGCAAUCCAUCAUGGGAGAUAAAUAAGGAAAUCUGUCUAGGUUUUGGCUCCAAAUACGAAUUAACGAAUUGAAUUGCACCCAUUGUUCUUGUACUUUCCGAAGUUAUUGUUUGUAAUCGCUAGUUAGCACUGCUGCUGCUAGCAGGAAACAUUUGCUGGAGCAAUGUCUGCAGUCGGGAACCUGGUUCCUGCUCGUUUCUUGACUCUCACUGCUCAUCUCGUCAUCGUCAUCACCAUCUUUUGGUCACGGGAGAACAAUGUUGAAGCCUGUCUGCCUUUGGAUUUUACACAGGAGCAAUAUGACAAUGAGGACACCAAGUUGGUGGUAGCGUUGUCAGUCACUCUGGGUCUGUUUGCUAUAGAGCUGGCUGGCUUCUUCUCAGGUGUGUCCAUGUUCAACUGCAGCCAAGGUCUCCUUUCAUUGACUGCCCAUUGCAGUGCAUCUGUCUCCCUGUCUUUCUUUGUCUUCCAAAGAUGGGAGUGCUGGACAUAUUGGGUUAUUUUUGCGCUCUGCAGUGUUCUCCCUGCAUUUGUUGAGAUCCUACUCUUCAUCGCAGUGUUUGGACUGAAGAAGAAGCCACUAUAACCAAGAGCAGCAUUUCACAUUGAUGUGCAGUCUUGAAUGUAGUGUUUGUUUUUCUUAUCACUUGUACACAGGUGUAUAAGAACAUAAGGGGGGUGUUAGUAGUAACAAUCACAAAACGUGUCUACCUUCAAUGGAGAGCUGAUACACUAAUGGGCAGCACUUCAGGAAGUGACCACUGCAUUGACAUGUAGUUGGGAACAAAGGUACUAUCUCCUGAUGAGGACAAUGAUUUCUGACUACUAUGCUGACCAUAUCUUUCUUGGUCAUGUUAAAUUGUCCUUUGUGCCAUAUAAUUGUUUUGUAUAGCUGGUUACCAUUUUCACCUUUUUUUAAUCAAGAUGUAUACAGUUUGAGUUUAAUUGCACAGCCUUUUGUUCCUUUGAAUAUGUUUUAUAUUUUAUCACUAUUUUUCAAAAAUAGUGAUGUUUGAUGGUAGCAUGCUUGUGAAAUACAAAUAUUAUUAUUUUACUAUUAAAGUUAUCGUUACAUUUUC